CCGAGGCGCACCGACACUCUCACGUACAGUUCCCGACCCACGGACUGACUCCCUCCAGCCCGCCGUGCUCCCCUGCCGGCUCCUCGUCAGCUUCUGCCACCUCCAGGUGGGGGGGUUGUCUUUCCAACAUCACGACCACGACCCCCGGAGGAUUCGUCACACUCAGCGGGAGCAGACAGCCCACUUCCCGGGUAAAGUUAAGCGCGUUUUGGUCAGGUGCAAUGCAGCAAAAAGCUCCUUUUCUCGCCCCUUGUUGCCUCCGCUGGUCUCGACGGUAGAUUAACCUGCAGUCAACUCAGGUUUCCUGAGAGGUCUUUGCUGCCAACUGUGCUUAAAACAGAAGAUUAGAAGAAGGAAUACUGGAGGGAUCUGUGUAGACUGAGGGACCAAUGGAGGAGAUUGGGGAGGAUCUGAACCUCUCAUUUCUGCUGGAACAUGAAAGAGAGAUGAUCCUAAAGGUGCUGCAGAAAGACGAGAAAUUGAGGAAACGAGAGGAGAAGAGGAUACGGAAGCUGAAAAAUGAGCUACUUGAGAUCAAACGGAAAGGCACAUGUCGUCCACAGGAGCUGGGUGAGCGACAGUGCGCUCGCUGCCUGAAGAACUUGGGCUUGAUUUUCGACCGUGGAGAUCUCUGCGAGGAGUGCCAGCUGCGUGUCUGCAGCGAGUGCCGUGUUACAGCUUCCAAGUCCAAGAAUUGGAAAUGCAACGUCUGUGCCAAGAUCUCGGAGCUGAAGGUGGUAACAGGAGAGUGGUUCCUGGAGGAGCGGUCCAAGCGCUUUGAGCAGGGAGUGCCGUGCAGCGAUGUGAUCAAACAAACAAUCAUUAACAGUCCAGUCCUUUCAGUCAGAAAGUCUACAGAAAACCUAUCAGCCACAUCUGAGUCAGACAGACCCGACACUCCAAAAUCCAUCAAAAGUGCAGUACUCAGGAAAGGAAAAAUAAAGGUAGACAAAAAAGGCAGCCGAUCCCCCAUGAAGCCGGAGAACGGAGUCGACAGUCCAAGUCCUAAAUCGCUGUCAGAUGGAGAUGCUCAGAGCCUACUAAGUGUCCGCUCAUCUUCAACUCCUCAUUCAAAUAGGGCUGCAGUAGCCUUGGAGUCCUCAGGAUUACCCACAGUCCCCAACAACCUGCGAUCCAAAACUGCAGACAGAUUCCACACUAGCAACGAUAACCGGAGGGUCAGGCCUGAUGGAGCUGAGAGCAUCGCCAGUUUACACUCCAAUGACAGCACACCAGAGAAAAAAGUUGACGCAUACCACAGGAAGACUUCAGGCACCCCGACCAUUUCUGUAUCCAAGGCCUCGGUGUCAUCAGAUCUCAGUCGCUCAGAGAUGGACCUGUCAGCUCCCGGUUCUGAACCCAGUGAUGAAGUCUUCAGAGCCAGGAGGCAUUCGGUCCCAGGGGUCCAUGAUACAGACUUUACUGAUGAGGAGACAGAGGAAGACAUUGAUGCUCUGAUGUCGGCUCACGGAAAGAGUGCCAAACAGCGCCCCAGCAUUGCCAUGUCAAUGAGUAGCAUAAACAGCAUGUUGAGCAUGUACAGUGAGUCUGGUGACUAUGGCAACGCCAGGGUGAGCGGUGAGAUCCUGCUGAACAUCAGCUACAGCUACAAAACCGGUGCUCUUAACGUCCUGGUGAAGGAGUGUCACAACCUGGCAACGGGAGACGAGAAGAGGCAACGCACGGACGCUUACGUGAAGACCUACCUGCUGCCAGACAUGUCACGACAGAGCAAGAGGAAGACGAGCGUCAAGCCCAACAGCAUCAACCCGGUUUUCAAUGAGAAUCUGAGGUAUGUGAUCAGCCACUCGCAGCUGGAGACCAGAACCCUGCAGGUCUCCGUGUGGCACAACGACCGCUUCGGACAGAACAGCUUCCUGGGUGAGGUGGAGCUGACAUUUGACUCUUGGGAGUUCGACACUCAGAUUGAGGAGUGGUACGCUCUGCAGCCCAAGGUGGAGAGCAACAUGGACACAACAAUGCCGUACAAAGGAGAGCUGACGGUCGUGUUGAAGUACAUUCCUGGAGAGAAGAACCUCAUGCCUCUGGACGAAGUACCAGUGAAGAAAGGGUUCCUGAAAAGCAAGAAGACGUCCGGCUUCACUCUGCCUGAAGGGGGCAUGGUCGAGCUGCUCGUCAAAGGAGCAAAAAAUCUAACUGCCGUCAAGUCUGGAGGCACAUCGGAUCCUUUUGUAAAAGGAUACCUCCUCCCUGACAACAACAAGUCGACUAAGCACAAGACAGCAGUGGAGCGACGUACUGUGAACCCUCAGUGGAACCACACCUUCACCUACUGCGGCCUGCAGCCUGGAGACCUCAACAACGUCUGCCUGGAGCUCACAGUGUGGGACAAAGAAGCCCUGGCCAGCAACGUCUUCCUGGGGGGAGUGAGGCUCGGAGCUGGAACAGGCAAAAGCUACGGGAACGAGGUAGACUGGAUGGACUCAUUCGGGGAGGAACAGCGGCUGUGGCAACGCAUGAUAGAAAACCCAGAAGUCCCUCAGGAGUGUACUCUGAUGCUGCGAUCAAGCAUGGGCAAGUGCAACACAUGAGCUGGGCCUGUGAGCACAAACAAGAGAGUCUGAAAGAGAAUGACAGAGAAGAAGAGGAAAGCAAAGAAGUGAUGUGAAGACGUGAGGAGAGAGCUGGAAAAGUGGAACGGUCAAGAAGAAAACAGAACAGUGACUCAAAUGCCCAUAAAGGAACAAAGACCGUCCUCUUAUCCCUGCGUCUCUCCCCUUUUUAGAUCCCUUCUCUAGUCUAGAUCAGCCAGUCAUGCCUUACACUCACAUCCACAUGUGCCCUGUGCCCUCCAUAGCAUCUAGUUUUGACCAAGCACUGCUGUUUACUGCUGUAUAUGAAGAUGAUGUUGUGUAUUAUCCACUGAAUAAGCACACAGUGUGAGUCCUGAUGUGUCUGUCCUUGUCUCUUUGAUUCAUGUAACAGAGCUGUGUGUACGUGUAGAGAGCAACUGUAUGACAUUUAUUUAGUAAGAUAGACUUAAACAUUCCCUUUAUCUCAGCCACUGAUUCCUGGUUCAAGUCUAAUGACAAUGUUGGGAUUCAUCCCCUUUUAAACAUGUAUGCAGAGGAGGAAAGUGUCUAGUUGUUCAACUCUGAAUGAACACAAAGUUGGUCAGUUAUGAGGUACUAAUUAAGUUAAACUAUAAUAAUAGCACUUUUGGAGACUUUACUUAUAAUAUCAGAAGCCAUUGGCUAAUGUCUGAUGGCUAUAUAACUUAGGAAGCAACUGCAAACUCUUCAUGGCCGUUAUCUGAUCAACAUUUAUGUGAUGGAUUGCUGUGAUAUGUUAUUCCACAAAGACCAAAGAGGAAAUUGGAGUAGAGCAAAAUCCAUAGCACAAGUCACAUGGUAUAUAAGUUGUAUUGUUUCAGCGGGUCUCCCAGAUGAAAAAAUGCUUCAAAUUGUAUUCUUAUCCAAUUGUGUUCAGGCAAGCCCACAACAUGUAGUUUCCUUGUAGCUGUGUAGCUCUUUCAGUACCAUAUGUUUACACUGUGUGGAAUUUGCACUCCUUCUAGCUACUUUUACUGUCGUUGAUCUCUCAGCCUGUGGUGAUAGUUGUGAAGUACAGACCCACAGCCUACAAGUUGCUCUGCCCACCUCCUCUGGUUCCUUAUGUUCUUUUUUAAGGGGUCUUUUUAAUUGAACUAGCACUCCACUGAGUUAGUCUAGGUACCAGUAUAUUGUUGUUUUCUUUAACUGCAUUUAUUUUAUAACCUGACACAUCAGAUAGACUGAAAUAGUAAUUGCAUGGGAUAUAAGUUUUCAGUUAAACAUCGAACAGUGAUUGGAUUGGACGACCGUUGUGUCCAUCUUAUUCAUUACAGGCCAAUCUGAAAGACAAAACAUAUGAAAUUGUAGGUAUGGGCAGCUCAUGAGAGUGAACUCAACUAACUAUUUGUUAGCAAAGCCAGUUGGUGAAACAAAGUCUAGACAAAGCCUGCUGGGAGAAGAGCAUAAACAUAUUUUCAUAAAUAAAUAAAAUAAAACAUUUCAUAAAUAAAACAGAGAAUAAGGUCAGAGGUCUAACCCGAGGUGAAAUUAUGUAUAGACCCAUUUUAGAAGUAGAUAUGUAAAAGGUGUCUCACGCUAGCUUCGUUAGCUUUCGCUACAGCUAACAUAGCUAUGCUAGAUACAUAGUUACUACAUAGGCUAGUGUAGCGAAGUUACCUUUAGCAAUGUGAGCUUUAGCAACAUUGAGCUUUAGCAACGUACACUUUAGCAAUGUGAGCUUUAGCUAACGUAGCUACAGUUAACAUAGCUACCUACGCUACAUACACAACAUAGCUAAUGUUAGCUUUGUAGCUUUGUUAGUAUAGAUAUUCAUGAGAUUUGUGAGCUUUAGCUAUAUAGCUAUGUUAGCUAUGUUAUCUCCCUAGCUAAAAGAGCUCCAUUACCUACAUUUGCUACAUAAAAGUACUUUGCUUAAUUAAACGUUUUGUAAUCAGGUUUUGCAGGUCAGGUUUUUUACCUUUUGGUAUCUUUACCCUUACCUUAAUUAUGACCCUAACCUAAAUGAAAGUUGAAUCAACAAUUUUAUGAAAGUUUUAGCAUUUAUUAAUAUUCUGCUAGAGGGGCCGUCUGAGAUGAACGGUCUGCAGCAGAACCAGCUCAAGCUAACUGCUCAAUUGGCAGCCAUUGUUCAGCAGCAUGCAUUACAACUAAACCCUGUCCAUAACUACUGCCUCGUUCUCCUCAAAUGACACCGAUUGGUCCUUCCAUUCUCAGACCAGUUAGGAUUAUAACUAGGGCUGGGACUUAUCACGUUAAUUAAGAUUAAUUAAUUACAGAAAAAAAUAACGCGAUAAAAAAAAUAACACAUUUAAUCUCAAUUUAUUUUUGCACUCCAAACACAGCGGAAUGUUUCUCAUUGCACAAGUUCCCGGUAUACCCAUAAUACUGAUGCACAGGACACAACACGACAAACACCAUGGAAACCGAUGAGAAGUCGUUGCUGGGUUUUGUGGGCGUAAAAUUUAGUUUGAAAAACUACCGGAUGGACACCUGAAUAAAAGCACAGUUGUGUGCAAAUUGUGCAAGAAAGAAUUUGCCUUUCACCAGAGCUCUUCUAGCCUCCGCUGCCACCUUAAUGCCAAACAUGCUGCAGCUAGCACAGACAACAUUCCUAGUUCGAGCAGGCAGUAUCGCCAAUCCACACUCGACAAGAUGACGGGGUUCAGAGCCAAAAUGAGUAAGUCCACGACUGACAAAUUAACAAACUCACUGACAAAAUGGAUUGAAGUGGACUGCCGACCACUCUUGGUGGUAGAGGAUAAGGAGCUAGAAGCGGUGCUACAGAUAGCAUCCUCUGACCCAAAUUAUGAACUGCCAUGCAGAAAGAAAAUUUCAAACAAUGCAAUCAUAAUAUUCCUUAUUCAUAUUGCACUUUAUGUUAACACUCAGUGAUGAAAAUCAACACGAUUUUGUUGUUUAGGUCAUUUAUGUGUCUAUUCAUUGAUUCAGUCAUAAACCGAAAUUCAUCUCGAUUGAAAAAUGCUGCUUCUUGUGUCAAAUAUUGAUAGGCGAUUAACUGAGAUUAAUUAAUUACAAAGCCUCUAAUUAAUUAGAUAAAUUUUUUAAUCAAGUCCCACCACUAAUUAUAACCUAAAGAGGGGGGAAAAGUCAAAAGAGUGGGGCUGCUAGCCUGGUACUGUUGCUAUUUAUCACAGCACACUUUUCCAACAAAAGGGCUUUUUGAAAUACACAACAAAUGAUGGUAAAGUGCCAUCAGAUCCCAUACAACUGAUGGUGGCAGCUGUACCUGUGGUGAUGACAAAACACCUCUCUGUAUUUUAUACUGGUGUGUUGGUCACACCAGUAUAAAAGAUUCCCACUUUUUAGAUGAAAAAUAAGUCACAAGUGUGGCUUAAACACUGAAUUUUACAAUAUUCACAUGAUUUGCCACCAGUCAUUUUGUGCUUUUAUCAGGUCAUGAUUUAAAUGAGUUCAAUGGUUUCAUUAAUGACCCAAAAAUUUCUAUAUCUAGACAUCCCUAUCAGUACUUGCUUGUUUUAAGUGCUGAAAGAAAAAGUUUGCCAAUAGGCAAAUCUAAGACAGUAGACAUAUUGGCAUUUAUCCAGCAAAAUAUAAACUUUUUUUGAGUCAGUUAGCAUGUUGAUGUUAGCAAAUAGCUCAAACCCCUGUUACACCAAUGUGGAAUGAGUUCAUAUCUGGUUUGGUCAUAUAAAGUCAAAAGUAUAAAAUGGAAAAUAACAAAAAAUCAAAGUUAUUUUCUGUCUUUACUUUCAGGUUUGAUUGCCAACAAUUGGUUUGCAAAUUACAUUUGAAGAACCAUUUGCAUGCAUUUGCAUCUUCUGUAUCUUUUUAUCAUUAGUAGUCAGAUCAUGCUUGUUUAUUUGGAAAGGAAAACCUAAUAAGUGAAAAAUUAGACGUUUGCAUCUCUUUUCUUUCAUUUCUGUUGUGUACUGUGCAGUACCUUCUGUUUAUGAGACUUGCUUUGUUUUAAUUGUGCAGCUCUUAAGUGAUGGUAAAGUGGGCUGGUCACUGGAUUGUACAAAGGCUAAGGCCAAUAAUCUUUCAGAAACUAGCUCAAGAACCAGGGUUGUUAAUUCCUCAGAUGAAAUCAGCCAUGAUCAUGGCUGCACACUUAUGUUGUUGAUUUAGUAAUGAUUUCUGUUUAUGGACUAAUCAUUAUAUCAACUGUGAGUGCUUCAAAGACAAUUCCUUGAAAAAUGUACUUGCAGUUGAAAAAAAAUCUUGUCAGAGUACAUGUUUAGAGUAGCUUAAAUGUAACUGAACAUAGCACUGUAUCAGUGUGAUAAGAGAAUGUGCAUGGUUUAGAUGAAUAGUGUCAUGAGAACAAAAGGUUAUCUAAAGCACUGAUAAUGACAUCACUUUGAACUCAGAUGAGGAGAUGAUUUUAAGUGUGUUCCCAGGAGCCUUGAGACGGCGGCUGUGUGUUACAGAGUGAGUCAGCGCUGAGCUUUUCAUCUCAGGGGGAGCCUAAUAAUGAGUCAGUGACAGGAACCUUGUCCCUGUCGCUCCCAGCUCUGCGAUCCUCCACCCUGCGAUGAAUCACAUUUUUCACAAAAACAAUUCUGAAGUUAAAACUCCUCUACAAUCAGUUUUCAUAAGGAAUGCCCCUUCUGUCUGCCUGUCCUUGGCCUCCCGUCGGCUCUGAAACUACAAGAAUGACACUGUAUCUGCACAAUUCUAGUAAUAAUACAUGAUGUUUACUGUAUAGAUGAGAGGAUCGUGCAAUACCUGAUUACUGAAGGAACUUUUGAUGUACAGCAUGUACUAUCUCUGUAGUAUCUGGUUUCAAAGCAUCAAUCUCAAUGUAUCCAAGCCUAUUUUGCCCCAAAUGUGUUACAGGAAUAUUUUCAA